UAGACAUUUUCGAUUAUUUCGUCGGCUUUAUGAAUACCAUCUGUUGGGCCAGAUGGCGACAGCAGAAUCCUUAUGUGAUGUCUGUCAACUCCAGAAUAUCUCUAAACCAGCAGCAUUGUGGUGUUCCGAAUGUGAAGAAGCUUUUUGUAUUGAGUGCGACGAUCUUCACAGCCGUAGGAAACUAACAAAGAAUCAUAAAAAAAUAUCGAUUAGGGACUACCAAAAGCUGCCGCAAUCUGCACUUGAAAUCAAACACCACUGCAGUGUACACGAAGAGAAGUAUGAAUUGUAUUGUACCAACCAUGUUUCUCCUUGCUGUGUCAAAUGUGCGAAAGAAGAUCACAAAAAGUGUGAGAUCGAUUCCCUUCGAAAUGUUGUACAAAAUAUAAAAACAUCGUCAUCUGUAACAAAUAUUGAGCAAAAUUUAUCUGAAAUUCAAAGCAUUUUUCAAAAGAUAAUGGACGAAAAAAGAAGUAACUUAAAGCAUAUGGACGAGAAAACUAAAACCUACCAGAAAGAAAUACCAGAUCUUAGAAAACAGAUCAACUGUCAUCUAGACUCUUUGGAAUUAGAAAUGAACAAAAAUAUAAGAGACAAACAGCAGGAGGUCAAGACAAAAGCUGAAGGUUUUAUGUCUAUAAUAGAUAGUAAAAUAAAAAACGUUGAAAAAGCAAUUAACAACAUUAAUCAGAUGAAAAGUCAUUCUACAGAUUUACAAAUAUUUUUAGCUCUUCGUGAGAUCGAAAAGGAUGUCAAAAAGGAACAUUCAUAUAUCAAAGAGCUAAAAACUAAUCCUGAAUUGAAAACAGUUGAUGUACAAUUACAAGUAUCAAAUGGUCUUAAAUCGUUGCAGAACGUCAAAGUUUGGGGUGAAAUUUCCAUCAAAACAUUUGACAGUACCGUGUGCACAGAAGUUACUACAGAAAAACAGGCUCAGAUAAUAUUACCUUGCAAAAGUAGAAAAUGCGUUUCAGAUAUACACUCAAUUACAUUGAAGAAAAAUACUUCGUUCAAAGUUCAAAGUGAGAAUUGCAAAUUGGCUGGGUGUGAGAUUGUACCAGAUGGUGAUAUAUUGUUGGUAAAUCAGACAUACAACAUAAUUCUAAUGUACAAUCAAAGUGGGGGUCGAAUUAAAGAAUUUAAAAUGCCAUGGAAACCUUACGACAUAACAUAUAUAUGUAAUGAUAUUGUUGCAAUUUCGUUUAUUGCAGAAAAGAAAGUUUGCACCUUCAAUACCAAGAACGAGCAAUUAGACACCUUUUACACGUCUUCUGAAAAAGUAUAUGGAAUAGCAUACAAACACGACAAAUUAUUCCUACGUUGUGGAAAUAUAGGUAUUAGAAUUAUAACAUUAUCGGGAACAUUGAUAUCAGACAUUAAAUUUGAUAGCCAUUCAACAUUAUAUCUAUGCGUAGGAAACUCCGGUCAGAUUUAUUAUCCGAAGUCAGAAGAGAGAAGCGUUAAUUGUUGUGAUAGACAAGGCAACAUUCAGUGGACAGUAACAUCUUAUUUACUGUCGGCAGUGCGUGGUAUUACAUGUGGAUUGAAUGGUAUAGUGUUUGCUGCAGAUAAUGCUGGUGGUGUCACGGUGAUAUCAGCAGACGGGCAACAAAGUAAACGUAUCCUAGACAAAAGCAGUGGACCGAGGGAUCCGUAUUGCAUUCAUUUCAGUGAUAGAAGGAAUCAGUUGUUAGUUUGUAACCAGGUUGAUGGUCAAGCAUUCUUAUAUGAUGUUCAUUAAUAACUUGCCACAUCCUUAUAUUCACAUUG